AAGCUGACGACGUGGCUUAGGAACGUCUCAUCACCGGUUUUCAGUGGACCGGGGUUAUUCAAACCGGAGAACAGGCUGUCCUCUCAUCUCUUUUCCAUUACAACAUUCUGAACUCAUAACUAUCCAGUUAUGUCGGGGAAAGUCAAGAGCCGAAAUGCGGCUAACGCGGAAUCCAUAGCCGGUGGGGUGUCCUCUGAUGAGCGCAUCUUGCGGGACAUUCAUCAGUUAUAUACGGAGGCAGACAGCGGGCUGAUUGCAGUGGCUGGGUCUGUUGGAGUGAAGUUGCUUCCACCCAGGAAGAAAAUCACAGUGAUGCUGAUGGGCAACCACUCUGCUGGGAAAAGCUCCUUCAUCAACUGGUAUGUGGAGGAGCACAUCCAGCGCACUGGUGUGGCUAUCGAGACGCAGGGCUUCAGCUUCGUUACCAGCGGGCGGAAAAGAGAGUCCCUCACGGGGAACGCUACCCUUCAUCUAUAUCCACAUUUUAAGCCUCUGCAACAGUUUAAAGGUGUUUCCGAGUACCUGAGCACAGAGAUCUGCACAUCAAGACAGAAACGGUUCAGCUUGGUGACGUUUGUGGACUCUCCAGGGUUGGUGGAUGGAGAUAUGAAAUAUCCCUUUGAUGUGGACGAAGUGAUCCUCUGGCUGGGUGAACUUUGUGACCUCAUCCUGGUUUUCUUUGACCCCAUGGGUCAGGCUCUGUGUAAGCGCACGCUCAACAUCGUAGAAUGCCUGAAUGAAAAACAUGGAGACCGGCUGCGCUUUUAUCUGAGCAAAGCAGAUGAAGCUGGUGGCGAGUCAGACAGACAGCGGGUAAUGAUGCAGAUUGUGCAAGAGCUAUGCAAAAGGCCAGGACUCAACAAAUGUGGCUUCGACAUGCCCACCAUUUACAUUCCCAACCCUAACAAGCCCAGUCGGUGUGUGAACCAGAUUGAGGAGGUAUGUCGUACCAUUGAGAAAACCAUCAACCAGACAGUCCAGAAUACCCUCAACUCUCUGGAGAAGGACUGUGAGCUCAUCAGUGAGGCCAUCACAGAUAAACUCAUGAAUGACAGGCAGAGCAGUUUGGAGAACAGACGGGCUCGCUGCAAGAGCUGCUUCCUGACCCUGCUUGGUUUCUGCAUCCCGCUGGCUCUGCUGGCGCUGCUGCUGCUGGGAUCAAUGUCCAAGGAGUUGUUAGAGAUGGCUCUGGGCCACCAGGGCACGGAGGCACUCUCACUCUAUCUGACUCCUGCGGUGAAAAUAUUUGACUCCCUGUCCGGGGAGCAGCAGCUUUAUUGCUGCGGUGGACUGGUCCUUCUCUCUUUCCUCCUACUCAUCAUUGCACACUUCUCCUUCAGAACUCGGCCGACUCUUUCAGGCAAACAGAAACGGCAGCUCCAGGAAAAGCUGGAGUACAUAAAGGAGGUGGUAAAAACCAAAAAGAAAAAGCUCUACGAAGAGUAUCUGCGACAAAGUGUCAGCGAUCAUGACAUGGACAUGUGAAAAAGUGAUUCGCUAUGAAUCGGGACCAGGAUGCAAAGAUUUUCCACCAGCAAUGAGAUGUGUCUUUAUUUUUAUUCCAAAUAUGUUUCUGGGAGAAGAUCCCUCCCCGAUCUGGUGCUCUGAUUUCCGUACAGCCUGUUACAUGAUGCCGGCUCUAUAAUCUGUUGAACUACACUACCUGCUUGUUACUGAUUUGUUUCCUCUCAGCACUUCCAAGCUUUUCCUGUGCCUCUGUCCCAUUCCAAGUUAAUCAUGUGUGAACCACUUAAUAAUGAUAUAAAUAUAUCCAAACUAUUUAUAGCAACAUAUAGCACUAAGUUGAAUCUCUAUGUAACUAUUUUGAACUUUGAGGGAGUUACCCAGAGUUUUAUACAGUAUUUUCUCAUCAUGAAUUCUCACAUUUGUAAUAUUCCUUCAAAUAUUUGUGGUUUAGUUAGAAGAGUAUUUGGUUUAAAACCCCACUGCUAUGAUUGUUUACCAGCAGUCAUAAAAUUCCAUUGGGUAGCAUUUCAAGCUUUUUAUUUUCUCUUCACUUUGUGAUCAUGUUAAAGAAAGAAUAAAGAUCCAAUAGAUAAAGUCGA